GGUGUAUCGUCUGUACUAAAAAAUGGCCGAAGUGCUCGUGCAAAUGCAGGAGGCAUUCACGCAGGUUCAGUAUUCCCGUAGAGUUCACCCGGAGUUCAUGUCGAAAUUGAAGAAACUGUGCCAAAAGGCGAACGAGAAAGACUUUACACGGGCGUUCAUAUCUUGCUUGUUAAUUCCGUUGGGCGAGGGAGAGCAUCACCCUCGUAUCGAGAACGUACUUAUCUUUGCUGCAAAAUUUGCAGUCAGUGUACAAUCGUUCAACGACGAACCCGACGAAGAGGAACUGUGCCCUUUUUUGAGUUCGUUGUUUGAGUUUUUAUUAGAUAAUCACGAUGUCGCAGAUACAGCGCUGAGGUUCCGUAUGUGCUACUUCAUGAAUAUGCUUCUCAACUCUAUGGGGGACGACGCGUUUAUAGAUGAUUUCCUGUGCGAUAGAAUCACUACAUGUAUGACCGAGCGAUUACUGGAUAAGGUGCCCAAAAUCAGGGCUCAGGCAAUUUUAGCUCUUCAUCGUCUUCAAGAUCCGUCGGAUGAACAUUGCCCUGUGAUCAAAGCAUUCAUAUUUCACCUGACCAAAGAUCCACAGGCCGAAGUUCGCCGGGCAGUCUUGCUCACAAUGGGAAAAAACAAGCAAACACUGGCAGCUGCGCUGCGGAGAACUCGUGAUAUUAACGAUGGCGUGAGAAAAUUGGCCUUUCAAUUUUUGACUAAAAUUACAGUUAGAUCGUUGACCAUCGAGCAAAGAGAAAAGUUGUUGAGCGACGGACUACGAGAUAGAUCUGAAAAGGUUAGCAAGUAUGUUAAAACGCAAUUAUUACCCACCUGGCUGGAACAUUACGAGGGAGAUUUCAUCAAAUUGCUCCGAGCGUUGGAUGCUGAGAAUGCACUGGAAAUUUCUAUUCUAAUGCUGGAUGUUUUAUUGAAAGUUACUCCGGUGCGUAAUAUCAUUCAACAUGUGCCUGUCGAUCCUGACACAAAAUUAAUUCCACAUGAGAAAUUAUCAAGCGAAAGCGUAAUUUAUUGGCGGUGCGUGAUUACACACUUGCAGCGCGAGGGCUGUCAAGAUGAGAUUGAUAAAAUAUUGCCCGAACUUUCAAAAUUUUGUGAGUACAUCAGAGAAUUCAUGAAACAAAUGAAUCACGAUCAGCGUGAAACUUGGGAACAGACCACGCUCCGCUUCAUUCUUCUGCAGUUGUUUGAAAUCACAAAAAUUUGCGAUCUACACGACGAGGUUGGCAGGGAAAACUUGAAGGAAUUGAUAGUAGAUACGCUAAAGUCGGAUCAUGAUUCCGAAGCUCUUAUCGAUAGUAUUGUUCAACAGUGUGUAGCCAUUGUGCCAGAUACCGAAAGCAGACUGAAUUUAUUGGCCAAUGUGAUAAGUGAACUACGAAUGCCAUUGACAACCGAUGUUGUACCCUUAUCCGAAGCUGAGAAACACGAAAAAGAUAUGAAGAAAGCAAAAUUGAAAGUAGAGUUACUUCAAGUUCAAGAGGAACAGUAUCUGGCGAUCCAAAGUAAAAAUUUUUUGCGGGCAGAGGAAUUGAAAAGCAAAAUUGAAGUUCUCAAAACCUUCAUUGAAGAUCUUGGCACAGAUCAGGUUGUUGAAGAGGUGCGGGAAGAAUACGAAUUAAAAAGUGACAAAAAAACGCUGACAAAGUGCUUGCAAAUCAUGUUCUCCAUGACGCAAAGCGUAAAGACAUUGUGUCCGUUGUUGAGAAGUCUUCUAAUGGAUAUGGUUCUUCCCAAUCUCGAUCAUUCCGUGUGCAGCGUCAUAAUCGGAGCACUGAAGGCAACUACAGUUUGCUGUCUCUUGGACGAGGAUUUGGCCAAGAAAUACAUACCCGUUUUCUUCCUGCAAUUUAGUGUGGAAAAUGAUGAUAUUUGGCUCGCCGCACUCAAGGGUAUAUUUGAUUUACUGGUACUUUACGGCCUUGAGCGUCUGGGUAUGGCUCCAGAUCCGGAAACAACGAAAGAUACCGCUCAGGCUAACAAAAGUAGGAGUAACAAGACUGUUAGACUGUAUAGUCGUUCGGAAGAUGCAGAUACGUUGCUCAGCACCCCGCGACCUUCGCUAAAUAGCGAAAAUAGAAAUAUCAUCCAUGUCCUCACAGGGUUAUUGGAUAAUGCAAAUCAGGACCUACGUACAAUUGCGGUUGAAGGUCUUUGCAAGCUUUUAUUGCACCGAAGAAUCUCCAGUCCCUCUUUGGUCGCGCGACUCAUUAUUUUAUGGCACAAUCCUGUGACUAACAACGACUCUUAUCUGCGCCAGUGUUUGAGUUACUUUUUCAAUCAUUUUGGGGCCGUUGUUCCGGAUAGCCAUGAAAUGCUGGAACGCUCUUUUCUCGUGACGCUGAAAAUGUUGGCCAACGCUCCGAAUACCAGUCCGUUACACGAGAUCGAACCUCUAAAGGUCGCGCAACUUGUUUUGCACCUCACCAAAACUGAGACUCAGGAUCGUCCUCUAGGCUAUUGCGCCCAUAAUAAUUUGGCCCUAGCUAUAAUUGCCGAGGCUCUAAACUCUGACAGUUGUAUAGAUCCCAAAGUGCUUAUUCGAAGCCUGAGGUAUUUGGAUAUUCAUUUGGAGGAUGAUUCGAUGAGAAAAUGCCUUCAAGAGUCUGUCGAAAGACUUUUAACAGAACAGGUAGAACCUUCUGAAAAACGUAUAAAAAACACGCUAUUGCAUUUCAAGUGCUAUUUGGACACUCAAACCAAAGGUGGAUCAGAAAAUGGGCCAAUAAUGGAAGAAGAGCAAAUGUUCGAAGAAGAACCAAUGAUCGAAGAAGAGCUUGACGAGUGUUAGUAGUGACUUUCUCCACUCUCGUGCCUUGUUAAAGAUGAUGAAUUGCGUUCUAACUUGAUCAGUGUAGAAUCAUCUCCUAGAUUUGGCUGCGUGAGAAGAUCGAAUUAAGUACUUGCGGUAAUAAUCGUACUGAAUUCGUGACAGCAUUUUACCAGUAUUCUAUAACCCUAAUGAGGGAAAAACAAAAGUGAAUUCAGGAUAGCAUGUUUCCCGUAUUCUGAAUCAUAAUGAAAGAAACACAAAUGUGGCGCAAUUCACAAUUUUCCUCAUGUUAAAUAUCACCACAUUAAUUUUUAACCAUCGCAACAAUUUGUAAUAUGUAUAAUAUGUAUUGUAAAAAUUCUGGGCAAUUAUUUAACACGCGUCGUACUCGCCAAUCGCCUUCUACACGCGUGUUUUGCCGUUUUGAUUGAUCGCCAUUCCGCGGUAAUUAAUUUAAGUAAAAACAUGAAUAAAUCAAUCGAAACAAAUUAGUCGUACGGUUGGUGAAAAAUCUCGAGUAUAUUUUCGUAGAGCUAUAACGUAAUAGAAUUUCCAAUUAACCGU